AGGAACAGCUGCCUGGUGCACAAAUGUAGAAAACGAACAUGGCCAAGUCCUUGUCUCUGUGCUGACAGCCGCAGAGGGACAUGGACUGCACCCUAUGGCAGCUGGCCUAAUGAAACGCUACCGAGAGGCAGGAGAGGCAGCCCCGAAAGUGAUGUACGUGGACAGAGAUUGCUGCAGUCUUCAUGGCAAGUCUCAGGUGAAUGUCAUGUUUUCGGAGUGGGAUGAGCUUGAAGUGCGCCUUGACAUCUGGCAUUUCAUGCGGCGAUUUGCUGCAGGUGUCACGACAGAGGCUCAUCCGCUCUAUGGGAUCUUCAUGGCACGUCUGUCUAUGUGCAUCUUUGAGUGGGAUCCAGAUGAUGUGGCUGCUCUUCACCGUGCAAAGGAGGGUGAGCUGGCAGCAAAGAAGGCUGGCCACAUCUCAGGAAAGGCGCUGAGUGCCCGCAUUACCCGGAGAGAGUUGGCACUGCACUGCCGGAGGAGGACCAGGGGUGUGGAGGAGACCACCAGAUUGAUUGGAUCUCUGGUUGAUCUGUUUGACAGUGCGAGUGGUAAAGACACUCUGGGAGUUCCUCUGCUGGACCAUGAACGGAUCCAGCAGAUUUGGAAAGAACAGCGUAAGCACGUACAGUGUAUCCAAGACCCUGAGAACUUUCCCCUCUACACGAAGACAGGGACACUGAAGAAAGGCGGUGUGGAACUGUGCUGCUACAGAUGUGCCCGUGGCUCUACCUCUUUGGAAUCAUUCCACCUCCACCUAAACCGUUUUAUUCCAGGAACCAGUGCCAGUGAUGCACAUUUUCAGGCUUAUCUUCUUGAGGGCUUGAUGCGCUGGAAUGAUGACAGGAUGGAAGAUGCCCUAAAAGGAGCGUCCUCCAUCCGGACAUAUGGCAGUGCCAUGAAAGAGGCUGUGGACAAGCUUUCCUGAAC